UCUAUAAUGCAUGGAGAGAACCUCAGACAUUUAACAUUUGCCUAUAUAUAUCUCAAGAGUAUCAACUAUCUCUAUUACUUUUGCUUUUACAAAGCUUAUGUAGAUUUCCUCACAUAGUUAAUACUUGUCAAGUCCCUUACUAUGCCAGGCAUGCUAAGGAUAUAGUGGUGGGCAAAAUCAGACCCACAUCCUGGUCUCAUGUGUUUAUAAUUUAUCAAUGGAAACACCACACAUUAAUUUAAAACUUGUAGUAUUUUUGUGUUUUGUAGAACUUUUUGCGUUUCUGUUAUGUACUAAAUGGAAGCUGUGUGCUGAAAACUCCAGUCUCUAUUGCUGACUAUUUCCUGGUUAUCCUUCUUCUCCCCCAGUACAUCUUAGCAUAAAGCAGUGAACUGUGGUUUCUUUUACUUGGAGAUCAUGCAGAGAGCUUCACGUCUGAAGAGAGAGCUGCACAUGUUAGCUACAGAACCACCCCCAGGCAUCACAUGCUGGCAAGAUAAAGACCAAAUGGAUGAUCUGCGAGCUCAAAUAUUAGGUGGGGCCAACACACCUUAUGAAAAAGGUGUUUUCAACCUGGAAGUUAUCGUUCCUGAGAGGUAUCCAUUUGAACCUCCUCAGAUCCGAUUUCUCACUCCAAUUUAUCAUCCAAACAUUGAUUCUGCUGGAAGGAUUUGUCUAGAUGUUCUCAAAUUGCCACCAAAAGGUGCCUGGAGACCAUCCCUUAACAUCGCAACUGUGUUGACCUCUAUUCAGCUGCUUAUGUCAGAACCUAACCCUGAUGACCCACUCAUGGCUGAUAUAUCUUCAGAAUUUAAAUAUAAUAAGCCAGUCUUCCUGCAGAAUGCCAGACAGUGGACAGAGAAGCAUGCAAGACAGAAACACAGGGCCAAUGAAGAAGAUAUGCUUGAUAAUCUACCAAAGGCUGAUGCUGAUUCUGAAGUACACAACUCAACACAGAAAAGGAAAGCCAGGCAGCUAGGAGGCAUAGAAAAGAAAUUUUGUCCUGAUGUUUAAUGGAUUUGUCCUGGUCCAUCUUGUUAAUACAUCCUUUGCCAAGGUGGUUUAAUUUUCUUGCCUUCCUUGAAUGUUUUUCUUUAUAUUUGAUGACAUAA